AUGUCGGAUAUAAAUGACGACUUGCUCAAUUACGAGCUGGGAGACGGCGAGGAUCCGACCUUACUGAAUGAGGACGAUCUGCUGCUGUCGGAUGAUGAGAGCAACGUUAAACUAGAUCAACACGAAGAGGAGUUUCUGCUCAGCGAAUCGGAGGACUGGGUCGCCAAACAGCUGGCUGCUAAAGAGAAAGAAAAACAACAGGCUGAAAAUCUCAGCAAUCGAAAGAAAGCCCCGUCGGACGCGCCAGUACCUCCGAGUUCUCGGGAAGAAGCCCCGAAAAAGACAGCACCCGCCCCAGCAGUAAAAAGACCGCCAGUCCGUCGUAGCGCAACGCCAAAAUCGGUCGUUUCAGAAGAGACUAAACCAGCAUCUUUGCCAGAUGUGAAGCAACAAAUCGAGCAGCAACCGCAAUCUGUACCGGCGGUGGUGGCCGUGCCACAUGCAAAGCAGCAAGAAACGUACAAACAGCCGUCUGUGGUCAAAGAAGAACUCCCUUCGAGUGAAGAAUCCAUCCUUCCCGCGUCUACGGAAUCAGACUCCGUAAGCCAUACGACCACGGAAACGGAGACUUCUGCGACGUCUGUAGUAACCGACUCGUCGGCCUCGCUGACGGAUGUAGAGGUUUUCUGUUCCAAACAAAGCUACCAUACCGAGGAAGAAACCGAACCCGUUUCUUCACAGGCUUCAUCCAUUGAAAAUGCUACAAAGCAGGAAAGUGAAUUAAAACAUCAGGAUUCAACCAGAGACAAAUCCUCCAGCCAACUGUGCGACACUACCUCUUCGGAAGACGUGCUGGAUCUCUACGUUACCCAUCAGGAUCGUGAGCCUGAGUUUUCCUACGACACAGAUGAAUCCUCGGAAAAGCGAGACUGGAAGCAUGAAGGUAAACAUUUGGAUGGAGCCAAUAAGGCACACCCACUGCUACGCGAGCAGCAGCAGCCACCACAACAUCGCCAUCUCUCGAAUAGACCAAACAAUUACAAACAUUCCGGAGAUCCCGGGCCCUCUGCCAAUGACCAGCAGCAGCACUUUCCCCCCAUGGGAAUGCCUAUUCAUCCAGGAGGUCCAAAUUUUGGUCCGGGACCAUUUCGAGGUGGUAUGCGCCCUAGAUUUCCACCACGACCAGGUUUUCCGGGCGAUAUGAAUAAUUUCCGCAACAAUCGGAUGAACUUCCCAAUGGGAGGUCGGCCCCCGUUUCCUCCACGUGGACCACCGUUCGAACAUAUGAUGCGACCCGGAAUGAUUCGGCCUGGCGACCGUCCACCGUUCGAUCCUAUGCGUCCUGGGCCACGUAUGGGACCCGGUGGUCCAAUGUUCCGACCGAAUGGACCCGGCGGUCCUCCACCGCACGGCGGGCCACCGUACGUUGGCGGACCAAUGGGCGGUCCUGGCGGCGGUCCAUCAAUGCCCCCGACCGGACCACCUCCCGGUCCGAUGGGAGCCAUUCCACCGCAAAACCAACCGCCGAUCUUGAACUUCGACACUGGGCCACUGGCGGCCGCUGCCGUACCUCAGAUUCCUGCAACCCCUGUUCUACCGCGGAAGGUACUGAUCAACCCGAAUUUUAAAGGAGGCGUAGAGGCUGCUACAAGUCAAAUGAUGCGCGAUGCGCUCAACAGUCAACAAUUUUUGGCCAGUAUCAACAACUCUCAGGUCAGUGACGAGGAGUUGCUGCGCCAGCAGGAAGAGUUCAUCAACAAAAAUCGUAUCGAAGUGGAGAAACGCCGCUUCGAAAGGUCACCCUCGCGGGAACGGGACCGCGAACGCGACCGGGAUCGUGACCGAGACCGUGAGCGUGAACGAGAACGUGAACGUGAACGGGAAAGGGAACGUGAACGGGACCGCGAUCGCGAGCGUGAGCGUGGUCGCUCAAGGGAACGUGACCGCGAGCGGGACCGCGAAAGGGACCGUGACCGGGAGCAUCGGGAUCGUUCCCGGGAGCGAUCUCGAUCGCCGCGAAGGCAUCGGGCGGCUAGUCGCGACAGGGACUCGAAUAGGGGAACAAGACGGAACUUUCCCCCGCGGCGGCACGGCAGUCGCGAUCGGGACGACGACAGCCGGUAUCCGAAACGGCGAAAGAGCAGCGACUAUGGGGAAAACCAACGGAACAAUGACAAAAAAGACGAUGACGAAGAUCCGGAAAUUAAGGCGUAUCGGUUAGAAAUCGAAAAGCAGAAGGCUAUUCGGGAGAAAAUUCUCAGGGAUAAAGAGAUGCGCCGUAAGCAAGCUGCUAAUGCUGAGGGAACUAAACGAAGCAAGCCAUCGGACCGAAAAUCCGAAGAGCCUGCGCCUAAAUUUACCCCGAUCGUUGUAACCGAGAAAAAGAUUAUCUCGUUGAAGAAGAAAUCGGACUCUUCGUCUGCCUCGGAUAAGCCACCCUCCGAGAGGCAUUCUUCGUCCAACCACGAGUCAUCGUCGUCGUCAUCGAACAAGAAGUCGUCACUGCCAAGCGAGCACAGCAAGAAAUCAUCGUCGACGUCGGCUGCCCACACCGAUAACGAUUCUGCGAAGCAAAAGGUGCCAUCGCAGCCGCCAGCUCCGGUGGCAGCGGCAUCUCUUACUCCCAGUCCUCCCAAGCGCAAAAUUAUCGAUAACCGGGACGAGCUGGACCUGUUCCUUGAUGAGUACGAAGAGGAGCUACUGCGGGAACCGACCCCUUCGCCGCCCAGAGAGAAACCUCCGGUUAAUACGACCAGCAGCAGUAGCACCAGUGGUGGUGGCGGCGGUAGUAAUCGAGGGGGCGGCGGUGACAGUGGUUUCGGUUCUAGCAGCCGAAGGAUCGUACUGAAACCGGUAUCCGGCGAGUCGAGGCACAGCGACCGGGACAAGCCACCGGCUAAGAAAUUGAGAGUAUUUGAUAGACUAGAUAAGCGGAUAGGUGUCAAUGAGGCGGACAAGCGCAAAUUGCAAAGGUUAGUCAAGGAUAAUUGAGCCCACUGUGAAAGGGGACGGUGUUUUAUUUUGUAUUUGAACAUAAAAUAUUGCAAAAGUGCACGCGCGUUUUUGUAAGAGAGCUUGUAUUGCUCUCUUUUUGUAUUUUCUGUAUGUUCAUUUUGUGUUGGUUCCAUGUUUUUGGUGUAUUCUAUUGUACAGUCAAGAGCAACAAGUUUAUGUCAAGCCGAGUGUGAGCGACGUUAGUUACGUUUAGGAGUGGAUAUUUUACCGUCACAAUCUUCUAAUGUUAGCUCUUUGGAAUAAUUUACUGAACAGAGUCAACAUGUUUUUUUUUGUCAAACGCGUUUGUUUCGGUAUUAAACGAAACUAUAUUCUUAAGCAUGUCAUAGCUUUAGUCGCUUAGGUUUUACAGUUUGAGAAGAACUAGGACUGCUAACAAAUUACAGACAACUUAUCCCUUUCUCGCGGUCGUACAGGCAACUGUUCGACCUAGGCAGAAAUCUACCACACAGUUUAAGUAACAGUUUCACAAAUACGCGCUUAACUUCCCUACGACUCUACUGUAUAAGGUUAAGAGGUAAAGUAACAAACAAGCAAAAACUGUGAGAGUUAGUUUUUAGGCAUUAAUUAACAAAUUUCCAACUAAGAAUAAUCGUGCUGAAAAAUCUAGAAUGAAGAUAAAGUGCAUACCAACAUACAAACACAUAAAACAGCUAAAGCGGCAGUUCAAUCGAGCCAGCAAAGAGUGAACCUUGCCGACGGUUAACCAACUGCUUCCCACCUGUAUUUUUCCCGUUCUUCUUUUCUUUUAUCGACAGGACGUCGCCAGAAAUUGCUCUUUCCAGCUGGUGUGCUUUCGAUUUUAAUAACAACGCUGCGUUUAGCCAUAGGCAGACAAGCGACAGCCGGUACCGUUUGCCCCGAUUACGCAGUGCUAUCGUGUCCUCAA